CCGUUUUAUAUAAAUAGUCCCUUAAAUCCGCCGGACUUGACGGACAACGCAUUAUUUUUUUUUCGUCACUAAUGGCCGAUAACGCAAAAGAAGCAGAAAAUUCGGAAACGGACAUCGAGAAGGCAAAAAACGAAAACAACAACCACUUUUCCGACGAGAAAACUAAAGAGAGGGCGCCACCUGGAAUAAAUGGAUCGUUAGUGUUCCUUUAUGCCCUGUUUUUCUCAGUGUUUACAGUUGGAGUGAUAAAUGUAAAUAGGUGCCCGCUGAAUAGACUUAUUCCUAUUUAUUUAAUUCUGGCAGGUAUCUUAGGAGCACUAGCCAAAUUUUUAAGUAAAUUCGAUAAUAAAUAUUGUUUUUGGAUUACUGUUAUUUUGGUCCUUGUUAAUUUGUUUUGGCACGGAUUAGGUAGUUUCGUCGUAUACAAAGAAUACCAACCCAGCUACGAAUCAACUGAUGAACUUUACUGCAACAGGACAACCUAUCUGGUGGCCUUUUGGACUUUAACAAUAGAAUACACCUUAUUAGUGUUUUUUAUUUUAUUGUCAGGUUGUUACGUACUAAUGCGAAAAGACUUUUUUCCGGAAAAAUUAAAUAAAUAAAAAAUUGUUAAUGUUGUUUACGUGAAUAA